CAAAUUUGUGUUUUAAAAGCGGAUGGUCCUUAGUGGCAAGGGCUAGCAAGAACGAAUAAAAGCUUUGGUCAAUCUGCGUAAGAAGAAUUACGUCAGCCGCAUCGAUGAUUCAUUUUGAGAUUCUUUUAACCAGUUAUUUUUCACCGCCCAGAAUUAAAUUUGGGAGUAUCUCUACAAGGAAGAUAUCCAGUGAAAGUCGGGAUGUCCCACAAUCCGAAACCACUCCGGAAAAUUCACCAGAGAGCAAAAUCGGAGGAAAUUUGGAUCUGAGACCAUAACCGUAUCAUACGACUAAGGUCAGCGAGUGGCUCCGGCUGCAGUGAAAACAAAGAGAUACCACAGUUCGAUUGUCAACGUUCGUCUGGAGAUGGAGGCCAUCGACUGAUCGUGAAGCCGUCCGAUACGUAACACCCUCUAGCCUUCGGAAAAGGUUACAACGUUGUCAUAUGGGGUUGCUAAUUCAAAAUCGAGCCAGCCAACGCCACUUUGAAACAGAAAUCAGAAUACAUGGAUGCUUCAAAUACUUCCAACCCCAUUGAGACUGAAGAAUUUUUUAGUCAACUCUCUUCGGUUGUCAAUCAUUCUUUGGAGACGAAGGCCCUCGAACGGUCACCAUGCUGGCCAAUAUCACUUUAGAGCGGAGUAUACGGGGUCUACUCACUUCGUUUGUCAACGAUUUUUCAUUGAUAUCGUCGUCCACAACGAGAUUCCGUUAUGGCCGAAUAAAUACAGUUCUGACGGGUCCACUUCUGUAUGGCACCGAGGAAGGAGCGGACCCACCGACGGCUCGUGACGAGGGAAUUCCACCGAAAACCACCUGUCCCGACCUGCAUCAGCUCGCUACCACCGUCGUCGGAAAAGUGUCCACCGUCGCCGACGUGGAACCUAAUCCGAGUGGCCGCCCGAUCCGUAUGCCCAAAUCAUCCCUGCUCAAGUGCCCGUAAACGAUCCACGCCGAUUCGC